UUGAAUAGCAGGUCAGUCUGCUUCGACUUAAAAGUCCAGAUCCCGUGAUCAUCCCGAAUGUAUGGUGAGUUCCAGUAUGUGACGCUGUUUCGUCAGGUAACCUUCAGCCCUGAAGCUCAAGUGCGAAUUCAGUCAGAGCGAACACACCCAUGUGUGACAACUGGGCUGACGCCGUUUGCCCGCCUGUCAUAUCCGCUCUAGCCUCUCUGUAUUGGUGACACACGGUAAACGCGGUGUCAGUUUACUCCUCGACUCUCAUAUUCCUUAGCCGCAAAUGUCAGAGAUCCGGACCUUGAAGUCUGAAUUCCGUGUGCUCACCAUAAUACUAACAUGCGUCUGCCUUCGGGAGGAUCGAGGAUCGUCGAUGCUCACUGCACUACUUUAGAAUGUAAAAGACUGUAGAGAACAUGGAAAGAUAACCAUUUUUUUUGUAGUGCUGUAUUUUAAUUUUCAAAAUAACCUGUACACAUGUCGGUUCCAUUUUUGACACCGUUUUAUUUUUCUUCUGGUCUUUCUCCUCACUGGGAUUCUAACGUGGCGCCUUGACUAACUGCUGACAUGGCUUUAUGAUAGAGUACCGAUGGAGACUCAGCUCGAAGUGAUCCACCGGUUAGGUACAGUAGCAGUCACGAGUUACUUACAAGUAUCUCGUAUUUGCAGCAACACUAUAAGACCUUGAAAUCAUUCCUCAUCUCAACUAUUAGCUGAAAGUCUCACUCUGAACAAAAGCUGUGGUUGCUGAUAAUGCCCCAUUCCCGAGUGCAGCUGGUGGUGACAGGAGAUGACUUUGGCUAUUGCCCAAGGAGGAAUCGUGGCAUUGUAGACUGCUUCCUGCACGGGGCCAUAUCCAAUGUAUCUCUGCUAGUAAAUGCUGCCUUUGCAAAAGAUGCUGCAGAACUGGCGAAAAGGCAUAACAUUCCCAUUGGACUCCAUGCCAAUCUAUCAGAGGGCCUCCCCAUUUGUGAAAAACUCCAGAAGGGGUCCUCACUUCUUAACCAGGAUGGGUUCUUUCAUGGCAAAAUGGGAUUCAGGAAGAUGUUACAGGAGAUGCAGCUAAACAUGUCAGAGGUAGAACAGGAGCUAACAGCCCAAGUGGAGCUGUUCCAGGAGCUGACUGGUCAUUUGCCCCAUCACAUGGAUGGACAUCAGCAUGUGCACGUGCUUCCAGAAGUGCGAGACAUCUUUGCUCGAGUGCUGUCAUCUCACCAAAUCAAAUUCACACGAGUUCCCAUUGAGCUUGGACUUCACGGCUGCAGCUGGGUUGAGCCCCACCUUAAAGACUUUUACCUGCAAGUGGAGAAAGAUUCACUAAACUCUGUUGAGGUGUUUAUAAAACAUGACAUCAGGUGGCCUGAUGCAUACAUUGGCCUGACAACCAUGGGAAAAAAUAUGUCUGUAAGCCGACUAAAAAAUGCCCUGCAAUGUAGCAUGGACACAAUUUUACGCAGGGAAAUCAGAGCAGAUGCCACUGCACCAUCGUUGAUUGGCACCCCCCUGCAGCCCCGAUGUGUUACCAUGGAGCUGAUGGUCCACCCAGGUUAUCCUAGCCUCCCGGAAGAAGGCGGCUGCGGAGAAGGCCCAGAUGACUUUUCACAGUCUCCAGAGCGAUUGCACGAAUUUCAUACCUUGAACAGUUCUGAGCUGCUAGAGUUUUACAAGAAGAAGAAUUUGCAAAUUUGUGCUUUUAAAGAUCUUUAUAAACCACCUUUUUCACUUUUAAAGUGAGCUGGUCUUUUAGGAACGAUUGAAGGCAAAAAAAAAAAAAAAAUUCUCACCUUUCAGGUUUUGCACAUAGUUAUUACAUAACUUUUCUAAUUUAUAAAGGUGCUGGUAACAGGUUGAUAAAUACUAUUUUUUGUUAAUCUAUACAGUACAGCAUUUCAGUUCUUCACAAUUUGUUUUGUAUUGACUUGUUAGUCACCCUACUUCUCCUAUGAAGGAUUGUUUUGAGGCAGUGUUGAAACAAGAACAUGUAAAUGGCAGCGGUUGUGGGCUAGGUUCAGUUCUUUCUUUUAAGUUGACUGCCUGGACUGCUGUGCAUAUUUAGUUUACCUGGCAAGCCCCUAGUUCUUUCUCUUGACUUAGAAUGCUACCAACCAUUCAUUGCCCUUCAAUUAUAAACACACACACGCCCCACUAAUGUAAUGCACCAUUCUUGUUUCUUUUGAUCAGUAUUUGCUACUCUUGCUUGGCACACACUUCUCCUCCUACUUUACUUUGUUAACCUGAAACAAACUACAAAUGAUCUCCCCAAUUGCAGUUGGUUUAGCAAACUUACACAUCCACACUGCUGCUAAUUGCUGUAUCAUGGGAGAUAGUAAUUGUGACAGGGAAAGUCAAGAGUACAUGAAGUGGACAAAGGACUUCAUGAAAAAGGGUGUUGUGAAAUUCUUGAGCUUUCUCUCUUGGCUAAGGUGAACACACUUAAGGAAACCACAGUGUCUUCAAAGAGUUUAUGGCAGAUGGUCAAAUUCAUUUCAUAUAUUUAGCUAUUUAAUAUUUAUGUAUUACAGUAUAUAUACACACAUUAUCCAACCCCAAAGCAAUUUUUUUUAAAAGAAAAACAUAAGUAAAAUGUAUUCCAAUUUUUAUGAGAAUGCAAACUCUUUAUACUCUCAGCCAGUGGCACAAUUCUGUAUAUAAAUUAUAUGGGGUGGUCAAGAUUUACGAUGUAAUGCACUUUAUACCAACAGCCUUGUCUACACAAGGGAACAAGGUUGUAAUUGACAGAGUUUCUUCAUUAUCUAUGCCCAACAUCCCUAUUUUUCAAUGCUUACCCUUCCAAACCACACAAGGAUAAAGGAACUUGUGUAUGUGAAGUACUAAAUCAUGGGUUGUUGAUAAGUGAAUGCCUGUAAGUGGUAACCUAUGUUAGAAGUAGUAUGCACAUGUGUGGAUAAGACUGUUGCCGAAAAGGUAAGAGUUUCUCCCCAGCUGUGUCCUGUUUAAUCAUGCUUACGGUCCUGCUAUCUUGGGGUUCAACAUAUCUUGGUUGUAUUAAGGCAAUAGCUGUACAUGCACAUACAGUAUAUCAUGACAACACCACCUAGUGAACAUUAGUGUGCUUUAUUUGCAUGCCAGUUUUUCCGUUAAACGUUACUUUGUCCACUGCACUUCAGUGAACAUGCAGUUUCCAGAGACAGUUUAGGUAUGAAGAGUCUGUUUCAAGCUUUGUGUGGCUGGAUAACCCCACAAAUGAAUGUCUAAAAGGCUGUCUAUUCCUCUGUUCACCAAAUGUACUUGACAGGCAUUCUGGCCGUUUGUUUACCACAGUUAAGGAAAUGAACAGCAUUGACACAAGUACUAUUUUGUGUGAAAUUUAUCCAAAGGAAAAUGUGAUUGAGUUUGUUAACUACUGUUCAAGCCUGAAUGCCUGUAAUGUUCACUACACGAACAGAGUACACAAGUCCUGGUAAAGUUAACUCAUUUUAGGAAAAGAAUGAAAUUUACCUUAAAAACAAUAAACACAGUGUCUAUAAAUAUGUCUUGUGAUGUUAUGAAAUGUGUUUUAAGAUAGAAUGCUACAUUUCCAAAACGAUUGUACCUCAAAACAGUAGCAAGACAACUAACUUCUAAAGUAUACUAAUAUUUUACAAUAAAAAUACUACUGUGGCACAGUUGCAGUGGGUAGCAUG